AUGACCGACACGGCUUCAAGCCCGUCGUCGCGUUCCCGCGCCCCGCGCCAACAGCUGGCGCCCAUGACGGCGUGCUUCGACCUCCUGCCGCUCAUUGCGAGCUUUUGCAGCGGUGUAUCGGAGGACGUGUGCGCGCUCCGUCGGGCCUGCCGCGGCUGCUCCGUGGCCGACGCCUUCCACGCGCUCUUCAAGCCGUGGUUCGCUCGACGGGGCACGUCGGAGCUCCAUCGACUGUGCCAGGUGCACCUCUUGGUGUACGCGAUCGACUUUGAAGACAUGGAAGUGCUUCGAUGGCUCGCGGCAGAGCACCGCAUCACGGCCCAAGCGAGCCACCAUGGCAACCAUGCCUCGAAACUCGAGCUCCCAACGGCGUCCACGUACCGCUGCCCCGAUCUCGUGUCGGUCUACUAUUGGACCAACGGGUCGACAACGAUCUACACGCACCGCCGCAUCGUGCGCAAAGCGGCGAUCCGGAACCACGUCGACAUCCUCCGCAUGUCGUUGGACCUCGGGUGCGGCAUGAACUUUAUCUGGGAGGAGGCUUGA